AUGAGAGUUAAGUAUUUUGGUAGAAAUGCUUUGCAGGAGAAAGCUAAUUAUAUUGCUCCUCUGGAUGUCUUACCCGAAUUAUUUGCCAUAAAGGGCAAGAUGGAGAAGCCAGUGGAAAAAAGGGCUGCAAUGCUUUGCUGUCCUGAGACCUCCGAGGAAUUAUCGAGAAUCUCACCAAACAGCGAGGAGCAAAGAGCGCUGGUCGGCACCUGGAGUGAUUCCUUACUGGAAGUAGUCGGUUCGGGUUCACCACUUGCAUCCAGAAUGCUGUCAAUGGAGAAUCCUAGCUUCGAGGAAAUUCUGCUUUCCCUGUUAUGCCUCAUCUUGUCUUCCACUGAAAUGUACGCGGUCUCUGCCCUGGCAUCACUCUACCACAUGGGCAAAAUCGCGAGCCUUCUUAUGGCCCCUGUCCCCCUCCCCGUCUGCGUGGGGAGGAGGAGCGUCCCGUGA